GUUUGUGCAUGAGUGUACUCUGUGAUUAAACUGUUUCUGCCUUUGUAUUGUUGGCAGCAAGACUAUGUGCAGAUUUAAAGAUGGCAGAAACACCUAUUAUUGAAGGAAUUCUCCUCAAAAUGUCUCUGCAAAACAGAAUUAUAAGAAGAAAAAUAUGCAAAGAAAGAUUCUUCAGAUUGACGGAAACAGAGCUUUCAUAUUUCAAUGUUCAUAAAAGGAAACAAGGAAGCAAGAAAGGAUCGAUUUUGAUUGAAAGAAUUCGCUGUGUUGCUGCUGUUAAUCUUGAAGAACCAACUCCACUAGAAAGGCAGUACCCUUUCCAGGUUGUCUAUAAUGAAGGAAUUCUAUACCUAUUUGCACCAGAUGAUGCCUCUCGGAGAGAAUGGCUGAGAGCAUUAAAACACGAAAUUCAAAACAACUCAAAUCUUAUAUUGAAGUAUCAUAGUGGAUUUUGGAAAAAAGGAAAAUUUCUUUGCUGUCAGCAGGCAAGGAAAACAGCUCCUGGAUGCACCUUAUGGGAUGAGGCACAAAAGGACCAAAAAUGGUCUUCAACUGUGAGACACCAUUCGCCUGAUCAGCAUAAACGAAAUACAAGCCUCCCCCCUGUCCCAAGUAACAAGAAAGUGUCAUUGAAAGCUGGAGUUAGUGGAUGUGAACAUGCUAUUCCAGUUAAUUCCUUCUCCAUUUGCUCAGAAAAGGUUGAAGACUAUGAAUGGUAUGCAGGUAACCUGACACGUGCUAAAGCAGAGACGAUUUUAAAGCAGGGGGGAAAAGAAGGCACAUUCAUUGUAAGAGACUCAAGCCAACCAGGGACUUACACUCUGUCUGUUCUAAGCCUAAAUAUUGCUAAAAAUGGAUCUGUUUGCCACUAUCGGAUUAAUGUCACACCUGAUAAAAACUAUUACGUAGCAGAGAACUAUGUGUUUGACUCAAUACCUAAAAUGAUCCAGUAUCAUAGCCACAAUUCAGGAGGAAUGAUUACUAGACUCCGACAUUCAGCCAUUAAAAAGGAGAAGAUGGUACCAUUUUCUGCUUAUGGUAAUUGGGAACUGAACAAAAAAGAAAUUUCUCUUCUGAAGGAACUUGGCAGUGGGCAGUUUGGAGUAGUGCACCUGGGCCUAUGGAAGGACCAGUAUGAAGUUGCCAUUAAAGUCAUUAAAGAAGGUAGCAUGUCUGAAGAUGACUUCAUAGAGGAGGCGAAAAUAAUGAUGAAACUACGACAUCCAAAGCUGGUUACCCUUUAUGGAGUUUGUACUAAAGAGUUCCCAAUUUACAUUGUGGCUGAAUAUUUGAGCAGUGGUUGUUUGCUUAACUAUUUACAUGAUCAUGGAAAAGAUUUACAAAGUAAUCAGUUGGUUGAGAUAUGUGCUGAUGUCUGCGAUGGAAUGGCCUUCCUAGAGAGCAAGAAUUUUAUACACAGAGACCUAGCUGCUAGAAACUGCUUGGUGGAUAAAUGCCUGACAGUAAAAGUGUCUGAUUUUGGGAUGGCAAGGUACACAAUGGAUGAUCAAUAUACCAGUUCCGUUGGCACAAAAUUUCCAGUUAAAUGGUCUUCUCCUGAGGUUUUAAAUUAUAACAAAUACAGCAGCAAAUCAGAUGUAUGGGCAUUUGGGAUCCUAAUGUGGGAAGUUUACUCAUUAGGAAAGCAGCCUUAUGAAUUGUUCAAUAACUCUCAAGUUGCCCAGAAGAUCAUGCAGGGAUAUCGACUUUACAGGCCACAACUAGCAUGUGAAGAGAUCUACAAAAUUAUGAAAAGCUGUUGGCAUGAGCAAGCAGAAAGCAGGCCUAUGUUCCAGGAUCUGCUAGAGACUUUGCAAAACUUAAAUGAAGACUAAAUAUUAAAUAUGAAAAGUUCAUAUUGGAACAGUUCAUUUGGAAAACUAAUUUAACUACCUUAUUUUUUUUAUAAAUUUUUUGCUAUAAUUCCAUAUUCAUUAUUUCUUACUUACCUCAUUAAUUGAUUUAUAUUGUCUAUGUAAGAUGGUGUAAGUACUGUAUAUUUUUUAUUAUGUACGGUUUGUUUGAUAAGUUCUGUUUUCUUAAGUUACAACAGUAAAUUCCUUCCCUGUUCUGUCAUAAUCUGGGGAAUUUCCAAACAAUAUUUUUGGGGUGAAAUGGCAAGGAGAGUCAACGGUUUGUUUUAGGUUUGGUUAAUUUUUACUUGUAUUAUUUUUUUUUUCUUUCUUUCUUUUUUAGAACAGAAUAGUUGUACUGCUCAUCUGAGUUUAUCUUUGACUGUUA